AUGAUGAGACGUCAUGGUGGUGGGAUGGAGAGGGCCUCGGAGGGCAGGAGAGAGGGAGGGUGCGGGAGGGGGCUCGACAAAAAGAUUGAUGUCGUAGGCUGCGAUACGCAUCUAGGUGGUGUGCAGGCUGUGCUCCCAGGCCGCGCGGCGGGGCGCCCGCGCGCGACAUCCGUCUUGCACUGUCACCACGUCUACCAAAAUCAC